CGCGAACCGCAGACACGCCUUCACGAAAUCACUUGACACGCCCCGAGACACCCUUCUACAUCUAAUCGAAUGGUGAAGAUGCCCCCCGCGCCCGAUGGCAAGAUUUACUCGGCAACAUACAGUAAUGUCCCCGUCUACGAGUGCAAUGUCAACGGCAACCAUGUCAUGCGCCGCCGCGCCGACGACUGGAUCAACGCGACCCACAUCCUCAAGGUAGCCGACUACGAUAAGCCUGCCCGAACCCGCAUCCUCGAGCGCGAAGUCCAGAAGGGCGUGCAUGAAAAGGUCCAGGGCGGUUAUGGCAAAUACCAAGGCACAUGGAUACCGUUGGAGGAGGGCCGACAUCUGGCAGAGCGGAACGGCGUCCUGGACAAGAUGCGCGCCAUCUUCGACUAUGUCCCUGGCGACCGGAGCCCUCCUCCUGCGCCCAAGCAUGCGACUGCUGCGUCGAAUCGCAUGAAGCCGCCCAAGCAAACUGCGGCGGCGGCAGCUCGGAAUGCUUUCGUGACCACGAGCGCGCAGUCGCAAGUUAGCGAAGAGCCGUACGAGGCCUCUCAGAUUAGGUCACAGAUCUUCCGCGAAGAGACACCGGACAACGAAACCGUUAUUUCCGAGUCGAUGCUGGGCGACGCAGAUAUGUUGGAUUCAUACUCGACGGGCGGCAACAGGAAGCGCAAGAGGGGAAUGGAUCAGAUGUCUCUGCUCGACCAGCAACACCAAAUAUGGGCAGAUCAGCUGCUGGACUACUUCAUGCUGUUAGACCACGAAUCCGCCGUCUCAUGGCCUGAACCACCGCAGAGCAUUAAUCUGGACCGGCCGAUCGACGAGAAGGGACACGCAGCCAUGCAUUGGGCGGCGGCUAUGGGUGAUGUGGGGGUUGUGAAGGAGUUGAUACACCGGGGGGCGCGUAUUGAUUGUCUAUCAAACAACCUAGAGACACCACUAAUGCGUGCUGUCAUGUUCACCAACAACUUUGACAAGGAGACUAUGCCCAGCAUGGUUAAGAUCUUUCAGCAGACAGUUCAUCGGACAGAUUGGUUUGGAAGUACCGUGUUCCACCACAUCGCAGCGACCACGAGCAGCUCGAACAAGUAUGUUUGCGCUAGGUGGUACCUCGACUGCAUCAUCAACAAAUUAUCGGAAACAUGGAUACCAGAUGAGGUCACGAGGUUACUCAACGCGGUAGACCAGAAUGGCGACACAGCGAUUAUGAUUGCUGCGCGGAACGGGGCGAGGAAAUGCGUGCGAAGUUUGCUGGGACGUAAUGUCUCAGUAGACAUAAUGAACAAAAAGGGCGAAACGGCAGACGAUCUGAUCAGGGAACUCAACAGUCGACGACGAACGCAUGGACGCCCACGGCAGGCUUCAUCGUCUCCUUUUGCGCCACCACCAGAACACCGACUCAACGGACACGUCCCGCAUCUAGAUGGCGGACCGCUAAUUCCAGUGCCAUUCCCUAGCAUGGCUGUCCGAGAACCUAUCCAGUACCGCUCGCAGACCGCUUCAAAUCUCAUGAACAAAGUCGCGCCAACGCUGCUAGAAAAGUGCAAAGAGCUAGCCGAGGCAUACGAAUCUGAACUCCAAGAAAAGGAAGCAGAAUCCUUCGACGCAGAACGCGUAGUCAAGCGACGCCAAGCCGAACUCGAAGCCGUACGAAAACAAGUCGCCGAACUACAACUCAUGUCAAACGGCCUACACAUUGACCUCAACGACGACGAAGCGGAUCGGCAGCAAGAAGAGGAAUUGCGGUUACUAGUGGAAGAAGCCGAGUCGUUACUUGAGAUUGAACAAAAAGCCGAGCUCCGCCGACUAUGCAGUAGCAUGCCGCAGCAAAACGCCGAUACUUCGCCUGUGGAUGUGACAGAGAAGAUGCGCCUAGCCCUCCUACUACACCGCGCGCAACUCGAGCGGAGAGAGCUCGUCCGAGAAGUCGUGAGUAAUCUCAGUGUAGCAGGCAUGAGCGAGAAGCAAGGCACGUAUAAGAAGCUUAUCGCGAAAGCGCUGGGCGAGCGGGAAGAAGACGUCGAGUCCAUGUUACCGGAGAUUCUGCAAGAGUUGGAAGAGGCGGAGACACAGGAACGGGCGGAGGGACUGGAUGGAAGUCCGUUGUAGGGUUUCUCUUGGGGUGUUGGGAUGGGAAGGGAUAAGAUCGAGGUUAACGAGUAUUUAUGACUAAGAUAGCGAGCAUCUAUCUCUUAAUGUAUACAUGUAUUC